AAUUUCCGCUCCUCCACCCCCUCCACGGCCCCGGUGGCAGCUGUCACCUGUAAGGCGAGCGACGAGCACGGGGGAUGGAACCUGGCGCCUAUUGGACACAAUACAAAGGCAGAAACCUACCCCGAAGGCUGGGGGCCCGGCGAGCUGGAGGCGGUGGACUCGCAAUGCGGCCCCCCGCGCCUUCCUCCGGGAGACACCCGGGCCCCACGACGCGGGCGUGACCAAGGUCCAGCUUCAGGGACACUCCCGUCCCGCCUCGGUGAAACGAUCAGGUGAGCCUGGCAAAGGAAGACCUCGCUCCCGGAACCCCUGCUCCCGCUCGUCCCAGAGGGCGCGGAGACGUGCACCUGCCCCGGCAGCGGGGUACCGAGGGCGCGUGGGAAGGGGCGGCCUCGGCUCCCCUGCGGGGCUGGACUGGACCAUGGCGCUAGCCGCCGCGGCCGCGGCCGCCGCCGCCGGGGUGAGCCAGGCGGCUGUGCUGGGCUUCCUGCUGGAGCAUGGAGGCAAGGUGCGCAACUCCGAUCUGCUGAGCCGCUUCAAGCCCCUGCUGGAUGCAGGCGACCCCCACGGCCGCGCCGCCCGCAGGGACCGCUUCAAGCAAUUUGUCAACGACGUGGCUGUGGUGAAGGAGCUCGACGGCGUCAAGUUCGUGGUGCUGAAGAAGAAGCUGCGGCCCGGAGGGGCCCCGGAGCCCCUGCCCUCGUGCGUCCCCGGCACGCUCGGGGCACCAGCCCUGCCUUCGAAGAUCACUUCCGUCUCACAGUGGGAACCGGCUGACCCGGGGGCUCCAUCCCCGGCCGCGGCGCAGCAGGCGGUGGAACCACCUGAGGACCUGGCCCCGCCGGUAGAGCCACAGGACACGCCGGGGGCUCCGGCCUCAGAGCCCACUCAGCCGGCCGGGGAGGUGUUGUUAGGUCCGGCUCAGCAGUCAGGGGCGCCCUCAGACGCCCAGAUUUCAGGCUUUGAGCUGGCCCUGCCCCCCAAGGGGCUCCCUACAGACGUGGCCCCGCCGUCUAGGUCGCGGUCGGUGGAGGCCUUGCCCCACGCAGAGGCGCGGGCCCCGGAACCUGGGCGUGGGGCGACGAAAGAAGAGCCAGCACCCGGUCGGCACGCGCAGCCGCCUCCGAAGCCCUGCAUGCUGCCUGUGCGCUGCGUCCCAGGCCCCGCCGCGCUCCGGAUCCGGGCCGAGGAGCCGAGCCUGCGCCGGCAGCUGUCGGAAGAGCCGAGCCCGCGGAGCUCCCCGCUGCUGCUGCGGCGGCUGUCAGUGGAAGAGUCUGGCCUGGGCCUCAGCCUGGGCCCGGGCCGCUCCCCGCACCUGAGGCGCCUGUCGCGCGCAGGCCCGCGCCUGCUGAGUCCGGACGCGGACGAAGCGCCCGCCGCGCCGCCACCGUCUGCUGUGCCCCUGGAGCCGACCGAGCACGAGUGGCUAGUGCGGGCGUCUGGGGGCUGCUGGACCCACCAGCUGCACGGGCUGCUGUUGCGAGACAGCGGCCUGGCGGCCAAGCGCGACUUCAUAUCUGGCUUCACGGCCCUGCAUUGGGCCGCCAAGAGCGGCGACCGCGAGAUGGCGCUGCAGCUGGUGGAGGUCGCGCGACGCGGGGGCGCGCCGGUGGACGUGAACGCGCGCUCGCAUGGCGGCUACACGCCGCUGCACCUGGCGGCUCUGCAUGGCCACGAGGACGCCGCUGUGACGCUGGUGGUGCGCCUGGGUGCGCAGGUGCACGUGCGUGACCACAGCGGACGGCGCGCCUACCAGUACCUGCAGCCCGGUGCCUCGUACGCGCUUCGCCGCCUCCUAGGCGACCCCUGCCUUCGAGGCUCUACCGAGGCAGACGUCACCAGUGCUGGUGGUGGCACUUUUGCGGCCCGGCGCCCAGUGCAAGUGGCCGCCACCAUCCUCAGUUCCACCACCAGCGCGUUUCUGGGUGUCCUCGCCGAUGAUCUGAUGCUCCAAGACCUGGCUCGAGGCAUGAGGAAGUCGGGCUCCUUUAGCAAGUUCUUGGGUGCCUCGCCCAUGGCUCCACGUAAAAAGAGUAAGGCCCGCAGUAGCCUGCCGGCUUUUUCAGAAAUCUCUCGUCGAUCUACUCCAGGACCCUUGGCUGGUCUAGUGCCCGGCCUACCCCCCACAUCCUGAGGGUCCGUGAAGCUCAGCUUGGUUGAUGUAACCCGGCCUGCCCCUCGCAGUCUAAGCCUGGCCAAAACAGCGGCUCAGCACCUGUGGCUCCAUCCUGUUUCCAGCUUUGUCCACUGAAGCCUAUUUUACCCCCGUGGGCGAACACCUCUAGCUUCUCCCUGAAGCUUGACCUGUCUCUGAAAUGGUAGUCAAGAUCUCAGUGAGAACCUUCUAUAAAGAACUCCAGACAUCAGGCUUGAACAUUGGAGGCUCAGAUUUUAGGAUCAGAGUUAAGUGCCCUGAAUGAGUUAACCCAAUACUUCCGCCAUCUACACGCUCCCAAACCAGAACUAGAGCAAGGGUCUCUUU